AUGUCCAAGAGUCGACAUCCGACGGUUUACCUAUUUGUGAACAAGGACAGAGCGUCUGCGUCUCUGUCCAGAUGCCAUGGAAAAGACGCCUCGGCUAUCCUCAGCCAUGUCCAGUCCUGCCGCAACCAGAAGAACAAGCAGCUGCACAUGUUCAGAGUUGAAGACACCACCGAGUUAGUAAGAGGCCCAACGCCGCCAUCGCCUCGAAAGCAAUCCGUCGGCUACAGGCACCGUUCACCGAGAUCAACCCCACCACUGCGAAGUGAGACGCCACAAACGCCUAAGGACCGUGCAUUGGCUAGGCCUAGCGAACCCGAGCCUGGAAUCCGGUCAGCAAGCUCUCCCUCUCCUCGGGCCACUUCUCCGGGGAACUCGCCCGAAGUCGAGGAACUACUGCAAUAUUUCAACUCCCUAUGUUUAACCCCAGAGUCACACGCCCAUUCACAAAGCCAAGAUCUCUUCACCCAGAUCGUCUCUUCCGAAGAUUUUUCAAACUUCUCAAGACGGAUCGUGGGAGGAAUUCACGGAUAUGCUAUGCUUGCAUGCACAGCCGCGAGGAUGGGGGCCGAUAUGCCCAGCCGUCGAGAGGAGUUCGAGAUAAAGGCAACCAAGUACAUGCAACCGUCUCUACAACGGCUGCGCGAACAGCUUGCUGGUCCAAACACGAGAACAUUGACCGACCGACAAAUCCUGCAGGAAAUGCUCCUGCACUGUGUCACGAACUGGUACCUUCAGGACCUUACGGCUGCCCAAACGCACCUAAAGGCUAUCCACUGUUUCACCGGGUGUCUUGAUGUCUCCAACGGCUCCGAUCGGAAGUUGAUGGCUAUAAUCAACAGGUGUGGUCUUUUUAUCGCCAAUAGCAUACGCGCCGGGCAGAAGUCGCAUCCCAGCUCGUGCCAGAGAACACAAUCCUUUGCGGCUCGGGGGUUAUGCCGGGUGGUCUGA